AUGAUCAUUCGCAGCGACCACCAAGCUACGACGGGCGAUGUCGAUACUUCCAUGCCGCAAUGUCGCGGCGUCGACAUACAGGACCUCUCUAUCGCCCAACUCCAGAAGCUCAUGACCGAGGGCACCUUCUCCGCAAGGGACUUAACUGAGUGCUAUCUUGAGAGGAUCCGGAGAGUGAACCCGGUGCUCAAUGCGAUAAUUGAGGUGAACCCGGACGCCCUAAGCAUCGCCGACAAAUGUGAUGCCGAGAGGAAAUCUGGAAAGAUUAGGGGCCCAUUGCAUGGCAUCCCCUUUGUAUGCAAGGAUAACAUUUGCACAAACGACAAGAUGCAAACAACGGCAGGCUCAAAAGUCUUGAUCGGUACCAAAGUCGCCGCGGAUGCCCAUGUUAUUACGAAGCUCCGGCGCGGCGGUGCCGUACUCCUCGGCCACUCUAAUCUGUCCGAGUGGGCUUGCUAUUCGAGUCGAGGUGGCCAGUGCCGCAAUCCGCACAACCUUGCUGAGCACCCCGGCGGCUCUAGCUGUGGAAGCGCCGUCGCCGUGUCCGUUUCCAUGUGUGCCUUUGCCAUUGGCACUGAAACCGACGGAAGCGUCACAUACCCUGCCGAUCGCAAUGGCGUGGUCGGUCUGAAACCCAGCCUCGGCAUCACGGUGUGCCAGGGAGUGAUACCUGAAUCGAGUAGCCUCGAUGUAGUCGGCACGUUUGGAAAGACGGUGGAAGAUGCUGCCGCCGCGUUAAGCGCCAUCGCCGGGGCCGACGAAAGAAUCCACUAG